AUGGCUCCCAAGACAUCAACCAAGACCGCCACCAAGACCGGCAAGCAGGCCAAUGCCGCCGCUAAGUCUGCCCUUCGCGGUUCGUACGCGAACAAGAAGCGCUCCAUCAGGACCAGCACCACCUUCCACCAGCCGAAGACCCUCCAGCUGUCGCGCUCUCCCAAGUACCCCCGCAAGUCGAUCCCCCAUGCCCCUCGUAUGGAUGCCUCGACCAUCCUGAUCCACCCCCUUAACACCGAGUCUGCCAUGAAGAAGAUCGAGGAGAACAACACCCUCGUCUUCAUCGUCGACGUUAAGGCCAACAAGCGCCAGAUCGCCGCUGCCCUGAAGAAGCAGUACGAUGUCUCCUGCAUCAAGAUCAACACCCUCAUCCGCCCCGAUGGCUCCAAGAAGGCCUUCGCCCGCCUGACCGCCGAUGUCGAUGCUCUCGACAUUGCCGCCACCAAGCUUAACCUCGUUUAA